UUUAGGUAAAAAUUCUCAAUGUAAACAGAUUGUUUUUGGUUUGGAGCUAAUUUUAUUGCUAUUUUACUUAUGGCUGAUAAACAGACCAGUACUGCAGCAUUGCAGUUACCAGCAUCGUACGAAUGGUAUCGCGAGCAAAUUGCUGGACAUCACCCGUCUGUGGUUAAGAACGGCGAGCAUCAAAUUGGACUCAUAAAGGAGAUUGGUAGUGAAACACUGUUAAAACCUGUGCAGGAAGGUGUACGAGGAGUAUGUGAGGUAGCAUUCUAUAAUAAUUUGAAGCAUCAGAAUGAUGACGGUGAUGUUUUAACGAAAUUUUCCAUAUUUGUUCCGAAAUUCUAUGGGUUAAAAACUCUGCGCAUUGGAGGAAAAGAAGUGGAAUUUAUCGUUAUGGAGGAUUUAACGCAUCGUUAUAAAUGUCCGUGCAUUAUGGAUAUCAAAAUGGGCAGAGUGACCUAUGAUCCUAGUGCAACAAAAGCGAAAAGAUUAUCCGAAGCGGUGAAGUAUCCUGAGCAAGAAACACUUGGCUUCCGUUUAACCGGUUAUCGGAUGCGUUUUGGUUGCAACGAAAAUGAUUUGCGAGUUCGUGAUAAACAAUGGGGGAGAUCCAGGAAUUUGGGAAAUAUCGUUGACGCAUUUCGUGAGUUUUUAUCUGGAAGAUUUAUGGAAAAAAGUUUCGUGGUUGAACAGACAUUGGAGCAGUUAUAUAUGCUUCGGAAGUGGUUCAAUUCACAACGGAUUUAUCAUUUCUAUGCUUCAUCUAUUUUGCUCGGUUAUGAAGCAUGUGUGGAACAACCACCAAACGUUCUUGUUAAAUUGAUCGAUUUCUCUCAUGUCUUUCCUGCGAACGGUGCCGUAGAUGACAAUUAUUUAUUUGGUCUAAACAGUGUGAUUAAUAUAAUCGAGAAAUACCGGGGUUCAUUCAAUUCUGGACCAUGUAGAAUAGUCUUGAAUUCUGGAAUGAAUUAAAAGCUAGUACUUUUGAAUUUAAGACUAGUUAUGAUGAUGAUGUUAUUGUUUGUAUCGUUGUUAUUGUUUGUACAGUUCAGUAACCUUCAACUUUUAUAAAUUUUCG